AUUUUUACAAAUGGAGACAAAGAGUAAAGGAAUCAUAGGGUUUAUCCUUCUUGGAUCUUUUCAUAUCUAUUUCACCAUUCUCUUCUUAAUCUUGCCAUUUGUUGAAGAUAAAAGAGACAUGGCCGACCCAACCAGAGGGUGGUACAUACACGACUUUUUCCCAAGUGAAGAUUUUGCAGCUCAAGUAUUCAUCUCAAUAGGAAUCACCAUUGCCUCGAUUUGAAUGGUUUUCAUUGGUAUUUCUCUUCGAUAAGUGAGGGAGCUCCAUGAAAGUAAUUCAACUUAAAAAUUUCUA